AUGGCUCCUGAAACCAAUAAGCCAAAGGCCCCGGCUUCAGGUCCGGCCACGGCCGAGAUCGCAGUCUCUCAGGAGACCAAGGUAGUCCCUAAAGCUAGCGACGAGGUGUUUCUGUUGACCAUGCUCAGCACCGGGAAGGUCGAUUUCGACACUGCGGCAAAGAACCUCGGCAUCAACAAACAAGCCUGUCGCAUGCGACUCCUUCGUCUGCAGCAAAAGUACGGCCUCAAGCAUAUGGCCGACCAAAGUCCCAAACAUGACUAG